GGCCGCUUCUCCGGACUCCCGUUCCCCGGGCGGCCCUCCCGGCAGGACGCCCCCGGCCCGGGCUCCGCGCCUACCUGUAGCACCAGCGGCUCGGGGUUGAAGGCCAGGGUCAGCAGCAGCUGCAUGCGCUCCGAGUCCUUGAGGUUGCGGAGCAGGAAGCUGCCCGAGUCCUUGGUCUCGGCGUAGCGGCGCACCAGGCGGUCGAGCAAACGCUGCGAGGGGCAGUGCACCAGGUCGGACCAGCCCUCCACCGCCUCCGGCGUGAGCAGCCGCACGUCGCCGUUGAGGCGCGCGAACUCGGUGCGGGGCAUGGCCUGGAGCAGGUCGCAGCGGGGCCGGCCGGUGGCCCGCUUGCAGAUGCUCUGGUCGAGCUGCGCCAGCUCGCGCUGCGAGCCGAGGCGCUUGAGGACCACUCGGCGGCGGCCGCCCUCACGGGGCUCGCCGUACUGCGCGAAGUAGACGUUCUUCACGUUGAGGAAGUCCAGCAGGCGCAGGCGGCCCCACGCCUCGAACACCACCUGCCCGUUGAGGAAGCGGCGGCACCAGCUCGUGCCGAAGCACGCCGGGCACUUAUUGAGCUGCAGGAAGCGCCGGUCGGCCAGCUCGUUGCGCUGCCAAGAGGCGAGCAGCGACGGCGAGUGCAGCACCAUCAGCACCAACAGGCUGCCCAGCGCCGCCAGCUUCAGCGAGCGGGACAGGCGGCCCAGCUUCGGAGGCACCAGGCGCCACAUCCCGCCCGCCGCCCGUCCGCCCGCUCCCGGAGGGCGAGGGCACCCCCGGGGCGCCCCCGCCGCGCCGAAACCCGGAGAGUGACUGGCAGGGGCCCCCGGGCGAGAAAAGGAGCGAGGGCGCAGGCUGGGGCGGAAGGCGGAGUAGGUGUGUUAAGAAAGAGAGAGAGAGAGAGACGGGGAGCGGGAAGGAGCCGACCGGAGCAGGCUGCGACUUCUCCCAGUCACUAGUCUCCACAACUCUCGAGCUCCCUCCUCCGAGCUCCCCGCCCUCCGACUCCGGCGGCGCCUCCUCCAAGCCAGUCAAGUUAUACAGCAGCGGGAGGGGGAGGGAGCUCGGGGACCUGACGGCCGCGCGGCCGCGUCCGCCCGUGUGCGCGCACGCGCUCUUGUUGCUUGGGGCGCGAAAGCUGUUGCGCUGGUGGCCGCCCGUCGAGCGAAUGGGGUCUAAUAAGAGGAAAAGAGGGACUCACGGAAGGGGAUGAGAAGCUGGAAUGUCUCACAUCGAAAAGUAGCAACUGUGUAGGAAGUUUUAGAGAUAUAAAGGCCAAAACAUCUUGUUCAUUUAAGCUGAGAGGAGUAAAAGAAUAUUAUAAAUCUCUUUUCCUCAUAAGCCUCACAUUUUAUGUCUCCUACCCCUCUGAAUCUACUGGCUUAUGCACCUGAUGUUCCUGCCACCUCUGCUGGAUGCUGGCAGCUGCAGCCCAUUGCUCCUCUUAAGCAAGCAUGACAGAAAGCUGGGAGAACCACAACUGCCCUUUUCAGAACAACAGAAUCUUCUGGGUAGCUACCGCUCGGACUACUUUCUAAGUAAGGAUCCCUUCACGGAAACCACAUGUAUGGGUACUAAUGAGGAGAGCAUCCUGACUCCGUUAACAUCCUGAAGUAAUUCUUCAUACCAGGAAAUUACUGCAGCUUUUAAAACUAUUUGGCAGGGAUAACCUCUGCUCUUUCAAACACACGAUUAAGAAAAUGAAAAGCCUUCUUGUCUUCUUUCGGCUCAGUACUGGAUCUUCCGACUGAAGCAGACCCAAUUUUCUGUGGGGCUGAAAUUUCACCAGGGGCCUUGUAAUGGGAUUAAUUUUACGAUACGCUACAGCACCAACUGAUAUUGAAAGUGGAACUGUGUAUGAUUGUGGAAAACUGGUCUUCAGCCCUUCAACUCUGCUGAUUAAUAUCACUGACCAAGUUUAUGAAUAUAAAUACAAGAGAGAAAUAAGCCGGCACAACAUCAAUCCUCAUCAAGGCAACGCUAUACUUGAAAAGAUGACAUUUGAUCCAGAAAUCUUCUUCAAUGUUUUACUGCCACCAAUUAUAUUUCAUGCCGGAUACAGCCUAAAGAAGAGACACUUUUUUCAGAACUUAGGAUCUAUUUUAACAUAUGCCUUCUUGGGAACUGCCAUCUCCUGUAUCGUCAUAGGGUUAAUUAUGUAUGGCUUUGUGAAGGCCAUGGUAUAUGCUGACCAGCUGAAAAAUGGAGACUUUCAUUUCACUGACUGUUUGUUUUUUGGUUCACUGAUGUCUGCUACGGAUCCAGUGACGGUGUUGGCCAUUUUCCAUGAACUGCAUGUCGACCCCGACCUGUACACACUCUUGUUUGGGGAGAGUGUGUUGAAUGAUGCAGUUGCCAUAGUCCUUACAUAUUCUAUAUCUAUUUACAGUCCCAAGGAGAAUCCGAACGCAUUUGAUGCUGCAGCAUUCUUCCAGUCCGUGGGGAAUUUCCUGGGGAUCUUCGCCGGCUCAUUUGCAAUGGGGUCCGCGUAUGCUGUUGUCACGGCACUGAUAUCCAAAUUUACCAAACUGUGUGAGUUCCCUAUGCUGGAAACGGGCCUGUUUUUCCUCCUGUCUUGGAGCGCCUUCCUGUCUGCCGAGGCCGCUGGCCUAACAGGGAUAGUUGCUGUUCUCUUCUGUGGAGUCACACAGGCACAUUAUACCUACAACAAUCUGUCGUUGGAUUCCAAAAUGAGGACUAAACAGUUGUUUGAAUUUAUGAACUUCUUGGCUGAGAACGUCAUCUUCUGUUACAUGGGCCUGGCGCUGUUCACGUUCCAGAAUCAUAUCUUUAAUGCUCUUUUCAUACUUGGAGCCUUUCUAGCAAUUUUUGUAGCCAGAGCAUGCAACAUAUAUCCCCUCUCCUUCCUCCUGAAUCUGGGCCGGAAACACAAGAUCCCCUGGAACUUUCAGCACAUGAUGAUGUUUUCAGGUUUGCGAGGAGCGAUAGCUUUUGCCUUAGCUAUUCGGAACACAGAAUCUCAGCCCAAGCAAAUGAUGUUUACCACCACUCUGCUCCUCGUGUUCUUCACAGUCUGGGUAUUCGGAGGAGGAACAACCCCCAUGCUGACUUGGCUUCAGAUCAGGGUUGGUGUGGACCCGGAUGAGGAUCCGAAGGAGCCCUCUUCACACCAGGCAACAAACAACUCUGGCAAAAGCACGACGAAAACAGAGACUGCCUGGCUCUUCAGAAUGUGGUACAGCUUUGACCACAAAUAUCUGAAACCAAUUUUAACCCACUCUGGUCCUCCGCUGACCACAACAUUACCUGAAUGGUGCGGCCCAAUUUCCAGACUGCUCACCAGUCCUCAGGCCUAUGGGGAACAGCUCAAAGAGGACGAUGUAGAAUGUAUUGUAAACCAGGAUGAACUGGCCAUGAAUUACCAGGAGCAAGCGACCUCACCCUGCAGCCUUCCUGCAAGGCCGGGUCUGGACCAGAAAGCUUCACCCCAGACUCCAAGCAAGGAAAACAUUUAUGAGGGGGACCUUGGCCUAGGAGGCUAUGGACUCAAGCUUGAGCAAACUCCGGGUCAGUCCCAGCUGAAUUAAUGGGCGUGAACAGCACCGAGGUAAUCACAGGUAAUGCAGGGAUCACUGAGGAGCAAGCCAAGCCGAUGAGGCUGCGUGGAGGAGAGGCUGGAAAAUGUGUGAAGAGCAUCAAUUGGAGAGAUUCAAAACCUUAUCACGUGUAUCCUCUGGUGCCUGCAGAAAUGAGAAUUUAUUAUCAUCCCUCUAUAUUACGCAACUGCAUUUAAGUUUUUGACAGCGCCAUUUUUAUUAAUGAAUUGGGUGGGGUGGGAAGGAUGCAGAGGGGAGGGAGGGAGGAGUCUAGCUGCUGGGAGGAUGAAACAGAUGCGCUGUGUCUGCAGGGUGUUUCUUUUCUGUGUGCAGCUCUCUGGGCCCUUCACUCAGAUUUGGGAUUCUAUUCCCUUCAUUAAGGAGAGUUUAAAAAUUAGAAAAAGAGGGCUUCCCUGGUGGCGCAGUGGUUGAGAGUUCGCCUGCCGAUGCAGGGGACACGGGUUCGUGCCCCGGUCCGGGAAGAUCCCACAUGCCGCGGAGCGGCUGGGCCCGUGAGCCAUGGCCGCUAAGCCUGCACAUCCGGAGCCUGUGCUCCGCAACGGGAGAGGCCACGGCAGUGAGAGGCCCGCGUACUGCAAAAAAAAAAAAAAAAAAAAAAUCAGAAAAAGAGUUUCUGAGCUUAAAUGUGUGUCUCCUAAGCUGGAGGGAAUGCCCGGUUCUUCAGGAAGUGAGACGUUUUAUAUGUUUAGAACCUAGGCUCCCACUCGCUCCAAAUGACCCACGGAUAUUUGCCCACAUAAGUGCUUGCUUGAUACCACUGUUGACGGCCUCACAGAGCCCACGCCGCCUGGGGACCCGCGGUUCUCCGCAUUCACUUCAAGUUGCUCCUCCCGUUGCUUGAAGCUGUGGGUGACAGCUUUGUUGUACUCCGCACUAAAUGCAGUGCUACUCUUCACCUUGGUAGGACCCCUUCCAGGGACAGCGGGGUCCUCUUCUCCAUACCAUGUUUCAGCCUUCCUGUCCUCGCUUGCAUCUGAGUCACUUCCUGGCUCCAUGGCAGGUCCCUGUGUCUGCUGAGUGAUGAGAUUCCUUAGCACAGGUUCCUCUGCACGCAGCAGGAUUCGGGACAGGAACCCUGACCUGUCCUCCAAUUCCAGCUCUCACAGCUCAACAGCAGUGCAGGGGCAGGAGCGAGAGCAUCGGGGCUGAGGAUGCGCAGAGACCACACGGAGGAGACAAGGACGCAGCAUCAGGAGCAUUUUUACAAGGCACGGCUCAUGGGCCAUGGCGGGGAGGCCAACGCAAUAGCUUUUAAUUUAGCUGCGCAACUUUUAAGCCAUUAAGAUACCUCAAACACAGCUUCUCUUGAAAUGCAAAUGUUAAUAUCAGACUCCUAAAAAAGCAGACCCCAGUCACAGGUGCCCAGGCUCUGAUGAGUCUGUGCCUGGAGGUAGGUAGGAAUGACACCUUCCUGGGGCCCAAAGCUUGGAAGUAACAUAGGCUUUGCUGACCAGUUAUUUGGCUUUAGACAUGAACCAUGGUGGUGCUGGGCACGCCACUAUGCAGAUUCUCUUGCUUUCCAAACAGUAGAAUCCAGGGACAUAAAUUGUUUUCUACUCAGCUAAGUAUAACAUGGUCAUUCCGGGUAAAUAUGGCAAAUGGCAAAGCAGGAAGUUUUCUAAUUUGAUU